UAUUUCUUGGCUACCGCAAAACUGUCACACUGAAAACGUUUAUUAAUUUUGUUUACUUUUUAUUCAACAACAAAUGCUAAAAGCGUGAUAAAAAACCACAGAACAACUCCAGAAUGAGCACCCCCCGCAAGAACUUCAACCAUCCGCCGCCCUUCUCCCCGCGCGGCGGCCACUAUCCAUCGCAGUCCGCCGACUACAGAUCCCAGCAAUUUGGUGGCCAACAGAAGCCCCAAAAUCCCAAUUUUGGCUUUUACGAGGACAAGCAGGGCCAGACGAAUACUCCGCACUUCUACCAGAACAAAUCACCGCAGGAGACGCAGUGGCAUCGGCCCUACGGACAGGGCAGGAACUUCGGGCGAGGCGGCCACUUCAAUCGCCGGAACCCACCAAACUGGGACCAGAAUCCGAGGAACCACCACCAGAACAGGGAGCAUAACCAGGGCGGCGGCUCCUCUGGACAGUACUUUCACCCCUCUAUGCUGGAGGACCCAUGGCGGGAGCUAAUGGAGCGACACGAGGCCAUCCACGGAUGCAGCACCAGCCAAACUCCACCCAAAGAGGUGGAGGCUUCUUAGGUUGAUUGUAGUUUAAAGGUUUAUUAUGAAAACUUAGGGCUUGCCCUUUGGAGCAUCAUUAUAGGAUUCGAAGUUUUAAGUUUACAUAUGUACAUCCUUUGUAGCCACUUAAGAAUCGACAACUUAAAGGAUUUUCCCGCGUUCCGCAAAACAUCAUCAACACAGCCUAUGUAAAUACCACAAAGGUUUAACUCGACUAAAAUUAACUUUACACAAUCAUAUAAAGCCCCCCUGAAGGGUUGUUCCCCCAAUUUAAAAGAAGAACAAAUGCGCCAAAAAGCAGCGACCGCUUAGGUUGUAACGUUUUAUAGAAUUAAACAACAGUUUCCAGUAAAUGAAA